AUGGCGAAUACGACGCCAGACGGCGCCCAAGUCGCCGAUCCGGACGCGGUCGAUGAGGUUUGGUGCGAGGCGACAGAUGCGCGCACGCGCGAGGCGCGCGACAAGCUCUUUGGCGAGUUGCGCAUGUACCAGAACAAUGUGAUCAACGAGAGUAUCCGGAUGGCGCACCAGGACCUCGGCGACCACUUUCGCGACGCGGGCGAGAUGGAAGAGGCGCUGCUGCACUACGAAAAGACGCGCGAUUACUGCACCACGAACGAGCACGCGCUCGAGAUGUACAUGCGAGCGAUGCAGGUCGCAUGGGACAUGCAGCAGCACGCUACGGUCCUCGCGUACACCGACAAGGCCGAGUCGGUCCUCGCGACGCUCGCCGAGGUGGAUGUCGCGCUUCCCGGGCACACUGAUCCGUGGCGCUCGGCGCUGGCGCACGGCACGGCGAGCGGAAGCAGCGCCAUCCGUGCGCUCUUUCACGCGGGCGGCGGCGGCGGCGGCGAGAGCACGUCGUUCGCCUCAGCACGCACCGCACUCGAUAGCGAAAAGCGCACGUCGCACGCGCACUUUACCGCGCGCAUCAAGGCGUACCGCGCGCUGGCGCAGUGGGCGCAGUGUGACGUCCGUGCGCCGCUACCGCCGGUGGCGUGCGACGCGGUACGUGCCGAGGCGUACGCGGACAUUGUCAGCCCAUCGCUCAUCGCGUGGUACGCGCUGCUCUCGGCUCUGAGCGUCGCUCCGCCCGAGCAGCGAAAGCGCGCCGAGAGCCUCGCGGGCGACGACGAGUUCCGCGCGUGUGCCGAGAGUGAUCCGGCGCCGCGCGACGCGCUCGCCGCGUACAUUGCGUCCGACUUCCGCAAGUGCCUUGGGAUUUUGGCAGCACACAAGACGACGCUCCAGCUGGAUCCGGUGCUCGGCAUGCGGACAGCGCUUUUGAUGGAUGCGAUCCUGUCGCAGCUCUUGGCGUGCUAUCUGAGCGCGUUUCGGCGCACGUCGCUCGCGGCGCUCGUGGCGGCAUUUGACGCAGAGAGCAGCGCGAUCGCCGCGCGGCUUGUCGAGAUGAUCUCGCGGGGCGCGCUCGCGGCGCGCAUCGACUGGCAUGCCCAGACGAUCGAGAUGGCCUCGAACGAGGAGCGCAGUGACGUGUGGGCGCAGGUGGCACACGUCGCAGCGCUGCGGCAGCGCGCGACAUUCGUCCAGCAGGUCGCACAGGCCGAGUACGUAUUUUGA